AUGAAAGUUUACGGUAUCGAUCUCCCCGCACGGUUCAGGGUCAGGUUCAGGCUGCAGCUGCAGCAGCAGCAGCAGCAGCAGCAGCAGCAGCAGCAGGAGCAGCAGCAGCAGGAGCAGGAGAGGAGGAGGAGGAGCAGCAGGAGCAGCAGCAGGAGCAGCAGCAGCAGGAGCACCAAACGGGAAAGCAGCAGCAUAAGAAUAUAUGGUAUAGCUGGAGCAGCAGCAAUACGCUCGCAGCAGCAGCAGCAGCAGCAGCAGCAGCAGCAGCAACAGCAGCAGCAAGUGCUGCCUGUAAAGAACACCCUGCAGCAGUUGCUGCAGCAGCAGCAGCAGCAGCACAUCGACCAUCUGCUGCUGGUAGCUCACCUCUAA